GCUCAUGCGCCAGCCACGUAAUUUGUUAUUGUCACGUGACAGCUGCUCUAACGCUAUGUAAACUUUUGCCUAACCAUGGGAGUAACUAGCUAGUAUAGAAAUGAUGAAAUAUUAAGAAACACUCUCUGCUGACGUGUAACUAAGAUGUAGCUAUAUAAGUCCAUUUGAAUCCGCAUGUGAGCGUUAAAUCAUUUAAAGCGGACUCGAUAGAACUGUUACCCAUCUAGCUAGGCUAAUGUUAAAGUAAGCGUUAGCAUUAGCAUUAGCCAAAGCCUCACUGAGGAAGAGGUGUGCAAACUUCCCGACAACCGACUGAACUCGCAUUUUCUCUUCCCAGGCUCUUUUCACGAUGCGGAACCGACCGAGGGGAUCCCAUCUGGGCUUGAUGCUCCUGGCCUCCCAGCUGUUCCAGAUGGGUCUGAACAACAUCCCCCCAGUCACCCUGGCUGUCCUGGGACUCAACGUGUACCUUUACCUGUUCCCUGCAGCUCCACUGAUGCAGGCCUGUGUGAGUGUCCAGCAGGCAUACUGGUUUAAAGACUGGCGCCGCCUUCUGCUGUCCCCGCUGCACCAUGCGGAUGAUUGGCAUCUCUACUUCAACAUGGUGUCCUUCCUCUGGAAAGGUACCAAGCUGGAGCACCGGCUGGGCGGCCCCUGGUUCCUCUACCUGCUGUCAGUCUUCUCUCUGCUCACCGGACUGGUCUAUCUGCUGUUGGAGGCAAUUUUAACAGAGCUCACCCAGGACCAGUCCUACAGCAUGGCCUGUGCUGUUGGCUUCUCAGGUGUCCUGUUCGCUCUGAAGGUGCUCAGUAACCAUUACCACCCUGGAGGUGUCACCUACGUGAUGGGGUUCCCUGUGUCUAAUCGCUAUGUUAGCUGGGUGGAGCUAGUGCUGAUCCACAUGACAUCACCUGGGACUUCUUUGAUUGGUCACCUGGCAGGUAUCCUGGUGGGUCUGCUCUACACUGCUGGACCACUGAAGGCCGUCAUGAAGAAAUGUGCAGGGUUUGUGACAUCGAACAGAUAUAACUCCCAGCCCAGUGCGUACUACAGCUCUUCAGGCUAUUCAGGCUACAGUGGCACUAGUGGAGGAAACUCAGGAAACCAUCAGUAUCCACCAGAUUACACAACAAAUUAUGGAUCAUCUUAUACAGGUGGACUGACGGAGCAAGAGCAGUUAGAGGCGGCCAUCAGAAACAGUCUGAAUGACAGAGGUCAAACCAGCCCGAGUGGAGCUCCACCUCCCUAUGGUUUCCAUCUCUCCGAGGAGGCGAGAGCAGAGGACAUCCGGUUAAGGAGACUGAGGAGGUUUGACAGCUGAAGAAAAAAAGGAAAAAGGUCCAAACUCUGCUUCCCAGGCUGAGGAAGAGCACCCUGAAUGAGAAGGUCCAACCACACAGACUGACACUUUAACAGCUCUUUACCUGUGUGGUCCUUGGUGCCUCUUUACAUGAGUCUUUACCAAA